GAAGAAGCGCUUUACGUCUUCUUUGGUCGCACGGGACGCACGCAAAAAAGUGCAGCGCUAAGUGAAUCCGGAACAUCGCCGAGUGUGUAAAUCUCCUGCUGUGCCGCUAUUAGCUAGAAGUUUCAAUCGCUGGAAUCGAAAUCUAGAAGGACAGCAGCUCCAAGAUGGCCGUGAACGUGUACUCGACGAACGUCACGACAGACAACCUCUCGCGGCACGACAUGCUGUCGUGGGUGAAUGAUUGUCUGCGCUCGCAGUUCACCAAGAUCGAGGAGCUGUGCACCGGGGCCGCAUACUGCCAGUACAUGGACAUGCUGUUUCCCGGUUCCGUGCCAAUGAAGCGCGUCAAAUUUCGCACCAACCUCGAGCACGAGUACAUCCAGAACUUUAAAAUCCUGCAAGCGGCAUUCAAGAAGAUGGCCGUGGAUAAGAUAAUUCCAAUCGAUAAGCUUAUUAAAGGUCGCUUCCAAGAUAACUUUGAGUUUUUGCAAUGGUUUAAAAAGUUUUUCGACGCCAACUAUGACGGCCGGGAGUACGAUGCGAUGCUUGCGCGCGAUAACCUCCCGAUGGGUAUGGGUUCCGGUGCCGGUGCACCGAAGGGUAACGGCGUCUCGGGCGUCGCUGUGCCCCGCAAAAUGCCGAUCGCCGCAGCCCCAGCCGCAGCACGUGAUAGAAUAAAGCCGAUGUCCAAAGUUGCACCCACCCGACAGAUGGUGCAGAGCCCGCCCGGUAGGAUCGGCGGUGGCGUGAACGUGAACACCAGCAAAUCCUCCUCCCAGAACAGCGUGACGAACCAACAGAUCGAGGAGCUGACCGCGCAAGUUACCGAUAUGCGAUUAAACUUCGAGGGGCUAGAGAAGGAGCGUGACUUCUACUUCAGCAAGCUAAGAGAUAUUGAAAUUCUCUGCCAGGAUGAUGAACAGAGCCAGACCCCGUUUGUUCAGAAGAUUUUAGAAAUUCUCUAUGCCACAGAGGAUGGUUUCGCACCUCCAGAUGAAAUACCACCCGAGGAGGAGGAAUAUUAAACGCGUAGGGUCGAUCCAAUACCGCCGGAUGUUUCGACGAGCAUGAUAAGAUGAUGAACGGAAAGCGAAAAAGAAGAGCAGAGUGUUGUGUUGCAUUAACAGCGAAUUCAAACACGUCUGGAAGAGAAACGAAAAGGAAAAAAUAAUCAGGACUCAAUGAGAGAAACUUUACGAUACUACUAAUUACAACACCUCUAUCUAUUUACUCCGUGAGUGUGUCCGUCCUUCUUUUGUGUGCGUAUGUGAGAAGAGGAGCAAAAGGUCGGAAUAGGGGGGCCAUUACUUUAAUGGCUUUCAAAAGCAUAGCAAGCAGCGUAUUUAAAAAUCGCAGAACCGCCACCAUGCUUCGAUUAGCGCUUGUAAGGCGAAGGCCAGCAUCUUCCGUUUCGCGACACACAUCAGAAGGUUCCGUAGCACACAAGCAUAUUAAAAACUAGAAAAACAUGGCAAGGGAAUCCCAAACGUUGGCAGACACACCCAACAACGAUGGUAUCAAAUUCUAUUCUAUCUAUUUGGGAGCAGUAUGGAAGACGGUAACUAUGGUGCACGGACCAUCGAGAAAUGACGGAACAUAAGAGAUCAGUACGUGGGACGUUUUUUCGGUUUUAGAAUUAUUGAAACGAUCGUGAGAGCACAGGAACAAAUAAUAAAGCAAAGUAUUCCAUUUUUCCCUUUUUUUGUGGAACGAAUUUUGAUGCCCAUUGGGAAAGUUUUGUCGCAACGCUCAUAUCAAUUUGUAACCACCUCUUCCGUGCCGGAACGUCUUAUGCGCUCCUAUUUCAGGCCCCAGCCUUAAUUGCAUCAUGAAUUUUGAACGAACUAAACGCAUUUAAUUCAAUUGGGAAUCAGACUUCCUUUCCUUUCUGAUCCUACAUCAAUCGCUUGUUGAUGAUUUAGAAGAAAAUAUUGACUGUAAAUUGUGUGAGGCUUGUGUGUCCCCUAUUGGAUGAUUGAAUGUGGAUGCCGAUGUUUUGCUAAAAAAUAAAAGAAAAUCGAACCAACAGCCACUGCUGCUGAAGCUGUUGUACAAGCUUACCAUAUUUCGAAUCAACUAUAUUUACUCGCGCAUAAGAAGAUUGUAACUAUUGUUUUUUCUUUUAUUUUCCUUUCGCCAAAAAAAAAAACAAUCGUUACAUGCCUAUCUAAAAAGACUUUUGGAUGUAUUUGCUUCGAAUAUCUUUAAAGUAGAGAGCGCAAAAUGAUGCGGUGGAUGGAUGAUGGACAGAGGGAAAGGUACUGUUUGGCGAAAACGGGAGGGGGCUAUUGCAGACUAACGUAAUCAAUAACGUAACGUGCUGGAUUGGACAGAGAUCGAUGAUAAGAUGUCAUAGAAGUCUUUUACUACUGCAUAGAUAUAUUUAGCUCAAAAGCUGCUGUUAUAGCUAACAAAAGGAGAAGAAAAACAAGGAAAGAAGGGAGAAGCUCACGAGAGGACAUUCAUUAAAGAGAAAUAACACUAUAACAUGCUGAAAACUAAAUAGACCUUUGUGUGUACCACCUUUGUACGGCUGAUGCCGCUGCAGACAACGUACAACGUGUUGCGAUAAGUAAUCGUUGAUCUUUUCCAUUCAUAUACAUGCGAAACACGUGCUAGACUGGCAUAGGGAAGUAUACAUUUGCCAAGCAGCAAAGCCCUAGCCAGGUGUGGGAAAGAAAUCCAGAACAGACGGUGUACACCACCUCGGCAAAAACCAUAGUCAAGAAAGAAGAAUGUACGCAUUUAAUAAGCUCUAUAACUGGAUGCACACAACAGAACUCACCGUGUGUUCCCGCAUCGCUCCCGCAGAGUAUUCAAAAUUCCGUUAAAGGCUUAUUUAUCAUAUUCACAAACUGGACAUAGAAUGAAGUGUGGGAGAAAGCAAUCUCGAUAUAUCUCGACACUUUCGGUUAACUUUCUUUCCCGUUUUUUCGCAUUCUUUAUAUCGCGGUUAUAAAAGAAAUGGCAAAGAAAAUGUGAAGCCCCGUAACAAAACUCAUUCAAAUGUGUGGUUUAGGUACUCGUGACGUGUGCCUGGGUUUUACUCAAUACUCGAUGACACAGCUAACAACAUACAGGCCUGUGCAGGAUGUUGAUCUUGUUUUUAAAUGCAAAUAAAAUAAAAGAAAUCUACUUUUAAUAUGAGA